AACGCAUCUUGAAAGCCUUCACCAAAAGUUCCCGCCUCAACCGCCGACUUUCCGUCAAGAAGUUACUCCUGCUCUCCGUAAAGCCUCAAUCGAAGAAACUUACUCACUCAUCCGUAUUUCUGGAAAGUCAAGCGCGACAGAGCAUGAAGUGCUCGUCGGUCCCAUUGCUGCUUCUCAAUGGGCUCCUCUUCGCAGCAGAGGGUCUCGCGGCUCCAUCCGUACACAUGCGACCGAAACGGCGACAGCUCGCACCCAUCGUCGGCGCAGUCGUCUCGUCUCUGCCUAUAGCUCUUCCUCCAGUAGUCUCGCCUCUGGUUGCCGUCAACCCCUCGGCUGCUGCACCAGCCGUUACGGAUGGGGCACGGACUGUAUUACAGGGGCCCACGCCGACCGCCGCUGCUCCAGAUUCAGCGCGGGCUCCAUCAAGUGCUGCGGCUGCGACAACCGCUCCUGCAGCAUCUACGGCCAUCGCACAGCAGCAGCAACAACCAACCGAGCAGCGUAUUACAUCUGAGACUCCAACCGCUUCAUCUGCACCCACAGUUAUCAGCUCAGCAGCAGCCGUCAUAGUCAGCGCAACGUCAACCCAGACGCCCGACAAUGCACCUGUGACGCCCACACUACCAGCAUCUACAUCCCUACCUCCGGCAGUUCCCACCUCGCAGAGCGUAACUCCUACCAUACCAGCAGCAGCAUCUCAAACCCCCACCACUCAACCAAUAGCGGCGAUUCCCACGACACCGGGGGCCAUCAACGCAGCACCAACUUUAGCCGUUUCCGCAGCUACAAAGUCCGGCGCAGCAGGCGGACCCCGCGCAACAGAGCUAGCCGACAAAUCCAAACCCACCACCUCAACCUCCACCCCUUCCCCCGCCGCCAACUCAACAAGCGCACCGCAAGAAACCCGCAAACCCCUCUCAACCUCCUCCAUCACCCUCCUCUCCAUCGCAGGCCUAACCUUCCUCCUUGCAGUCAUCGGGAUCUACGUCUUUCGCAAACUAGGCCUCCGUAAAUCCGAAGAGUUCAAAAACCGUCUGCGGAAUCGGUUCACGGUGUUCAACUUUGCUGGCGGGCAUAAAGCCGCCGCGAGGGGACAUGAGACGACACCGCAGGGAACAUUGGAGAGACUUAACACUACUAGAUCGUUCACGUCGGAUGCGUCGUUGCCUAUUCCCGGGGAAAGAUCGUAUGCGCAGAUGUCGCCUUACGGACAUCAGUUCCUGGCGCCGUCGCUGCAGCCUCCGGCUAUGGCGUAUCAGGGGUACCAUAUGGGCCACGGGCCGUAUGCGAACACUGAUUACUCUGACUAUCCUACUUAUGGGUUGGCGGAUAGGAGGAUGUUGUGAGGCUCUGGCGUAUUGUUGUUUGUUUUCUUGUAUUGGAUUUGGGAAGCCGUACCCCCAUCAUUUCGAGUGUUGUAUAUAGUGUCUUUGUCGGCGGCUUCCUGGAAGUGGGUGUGAACUCCAUCAGGGUGG